AUGGAAGCGGCGGAGCUGGAGCAGGAGGCGGUGAAGUUCGCGCAGAUGGCGGUGCAGCGGGACCAGCGGGGCCACUACCACGAAGCGGCCUUUUACUACAAGGUGCCGGGGGAGCGGGGUCCCGGGGGCGGGGGAGAAAAUGGGGGUGCCACCCAUGGGCGUAGCCAAGGGGGGGCAAUAAAAAUACAAACCACAUGAGGUUCUGUCCCCCCCAACAAAAGGCUUGCACCCCUAGCAGAAUGCCUGCCCCCCAACAAAAGGACUGCCCCCCAGCAAAAGGCUUGCACCCCUAACAAAAGGCCUGCCCCCCAGCAAAAUGCCUGCCCCCCAACAAAAGGACUGCCACCCCCCAGCAAAAGGCUUGCACCCCUAGCAAAAUGCCUGCCCCCCAACAAAAGGCCUGCCCUCCCUAGCAAAAUGCCUGCCCCCCAACAAAAGGACUGCCCCCCAGCAAAAGGCUUGCACCCCUAACAAAAGGCCUGCCCCCCAGCAAAAUGCCUGCCCCCCAACAAAAGGACUGCCACCCCCAACAAAAGGCUUGCACCCCUACAAAAUGCCUGCCCCCCAACAAAAGGUCUGCCCUCCCUAGCAAAAUGCCUGCCCCCCAACAAAAGGACUGCCCCCCAGCAAAAGGCCUGGCCCCCCUAACAAAAGGCCUGCCCCCUAGCAAAAGGCCUGCCCCCCAGCAAAAUGCCUGCCCCCCAACAAAAGGACUGCCACCCCCCAGCAAAAGGCUUGCACCCCUAGCAAAAUGCCUGCCCCCCAACAAAAGGCCUGCCCUCCCUAGCAAAAUGCCUGCCCCCCCAACAAGAGGACUGCCCCCCAGCAAAAGGCUUGCACCCCUAACAAAAGGCCUGCCCCCCAACAAAAGACCUGCCCACCUAACGAAAGCCUUGCCCCCCCAACAAAAGCCUUACCCCCCCCAACAAAAGGCCUGCCAACCCCAACAAAAAGCCUCCCCCUCCCCAAACAAGAGGCCUGGCUAUGCCCAUGUUGCCACCUGUCCUGUACAAUAUAGAAAUUUUAGUGUAAAAUGCUUCAUCCUUUAUUGAUAAAGUUUUCUUCUGUAUUUCAGGUUCCCUCUCUCUCUAUCUCUGUGCCAAGUUAGGGAUCCUCUCCAACUGGCUGUGUUUGAAAGGGUGUGUGAAAGGUUAAACUCCGGGUCAAUGUUAGAAACUGAGAUAUGAAAGCUAGGAGCUAAAUGGCACCAUAAACCUAAGUUGUGGGCGCAACAACAGAAUGUCUAGGCGUGGUUUUUUUAUAACAGGAAUACAAAGCUGAAAAUGAAUGAACUGCAGCUAAAUUGCUGUGUUUGUUUUUCACGUGGUCCAGUCCUUCGCUUGCCCACCCCCCUAAUAUUCUUAAAAGGGUCUCUUCUCCGGUCUUCAGAGAGUAGCUGGAAGUGGGGAGGCAGAAAAAGUUCCUCCUUUUCUUCCACGCUGCAGUUUUAAUCUGAAAUCCUAGGCACAGUACUGUGCCCAGAGCUCAGAAACUGCUUGCGCUAAGGAAAUUCCCUGUCGCAAAAUACGCCUAGAACAAUGGGAGUUUUGAACGCUGCUCUGGGUAGCCAAUAACAAAUAGAUUUACAAAUUCAUGUGCAUAGGAACCAACUUCUUGGGGCUGAGGUCCCUUCGCCCCCCUCCCAGUAAAAUAUUUGAGGGGGCGUUCCCCCCAAAAGUUGAUGUGCGUUACCAUUCAAAUGGUGAGCAUGUACCGUGUCAUGUGGUCAGUUAUGUGGGGUGGGGCUUGCCAGCCCCCCUGUAUUCAAGUUGGCACCCCUCUUCAUGCAUGUGACAGGCCAUCCUGUUAGGCUGCAGUAGAUUGUAAUGAAUUGAUUUUGAAGUCACAUCAGCACCAGCAGAAAGAGAGAGAAAAUUGCCUCCCGACCGCCCUGCCCUGUCCGGUAUUUUGCCAGGCAAAGGUGGCAGCCCUAAAUGUCUCCCAGCUCUGUGCUUCUCCGAAGCUCAGCUAAUUUGAGUGCGAAACCAGGGGUGUACCCCAACACUGGCAACAGAGGUUUCUCUGUGGCCCCUCAAAAGGCUGUCACUUUUUGCACCCCAUUUAUGUAGGUUUAUGGAAUGUGCUAGCUGGAGUGACAAGAGUUGUAUCCUCUGGACUCUGAUAAUCUUUGGUAAGAUGGCAUCCUGAGCAAGGCCAAAAUUGGCCGUCCCCGAAUGGGUAUUUUCAGGAAUCUUCUCAACUUUGCACCCCCUCGGCUCCAUUGCAACCAGAAGGUCACUCUGGAAUUUUACACGCACACACCUACCAAUGAAUUUGUAAAUUUGUUUGUGCUUUGCUACUCAGAGCUGAAAUAUAUCACCUUUCACACAACCUGUACAGCAAUACAUACAGGUCAGGGCAAAAAUAAUAAUAAUCUGAUGAGGAGACGAGCUUUGCUCCACAUGUCAAAUUUGGUUGUUCUUAUAUUGCAGGUAUCAAAUGCCACAAAUAUUUUGAAAAUGCAGCUUGACUUGCCGUCAAGACCAUAUCAAGGGGUGUGGUUAUAAUUCUGCAAACUAAAUUCCAGUCAUACUUGAUUUUACAUUGUCCGCAGUGUACAGUUGUUUCAUAACCAAUGAUCUUCCACCUUUUUCCACGUGCCUAGAUUUUUCUGUGACUAACUUUGAUUGUAAGCUAAUUGCUUCCGUUCAAUAAAAAAGACAAAAAUUGUUUGUAGUGUCUGGAUACUCUAGCUUUGCAGGAAAGGUCUGGUUGGCUUUGGCUGGAGCUAAAGUAUUUCAGUCAUACAAAGUGGAGGUCUAUAAUUUGGGCCGCUCUCCAAGGUCUCAGGUAGAGGGAUUUCCCAGUCCUCCUUCCUGAGAUGCUGUGAAUUGAAUAUGGGAGCUUCCAAGUGCAAUAUCUGGGCUCCACCACUCCUGCAAAAUUAGAAUUGUAGAGCUGGAACGAACUCCCCUGCGUUGCAGGAAUCAUUUGCCCAUUGUGAGGCUCAAUUUAACCCACGACCCUGAGAUUAAGAGUCUCAUGCUCUACUGUCUGGGGCAUAGUUAAAAGAUAUUUGUGAACGCUAGAUGUUGCGGGUCAAAACGUUAGCAUGAGUAACUCAGGUGCAAGCCUGUGAUGACGAAAGGGCCUCUUGUGUGAACUGUGAUGCUUGCACUGGUGUUAAAUGUAUGUAGAAAUGGUGUUUGUUUACAGUGACUUCCACUUUUGGGAGGGGAUCUUGUGGGAAAGAAAAUAUAUAAUUCCGUGCGCAUGUUCUUAAACCUUUAAGUAUGGAGUGAUUGCGUAGCUCUUGUGAAGUUAACCUAGCAUGCUGGGGGAAAUUUGGUAGGAUCCUGUGCUCAUAAAAGUACCUGAAAGAAUGCUUUCUGUACUGUAUAGACUUGCCUGUUCAUGAAGAUCUACCAGUUAGAGAGGUCCACUUGGAAUGCGGGUGGCGCUGUGCUCUAAACCACUGAGCCUCUUGGGCUUGCCAAUCAAAAGUUGGCGAUUCAAAUCCCCACAACAGGGUGAGCACCUGUUGCUCUGUCCCAGCUCCUGCCAACCUAGCAGUUUGAAAGCACGCCAGUGCAAGUAGAUAAAUAGGUACUGAGAAGGCAUUUGUGCAAAUGAGGUUAUGCUUUCCCUGGCUUUUGAAACCUGAAAGAAAUAUUUUAAGGAUCCAACCUGUUCUCUUCAUUGUAAUUUGUUUUAAUUGACUUUAAUAUUGUCCUUUAAUGUUGCCCUGGGGUCUUACGGUGAAGAAAUCUAAUAAUAUAUUUGAGGGAGAUAAGCUUUCUGGUUGCCUUGAUUUUUAAACACUUGUGUUGUAUUUUCUCUUCUCAGGAAGCUGCGCAGUCUUUGAUUUAUGCUGCAAUGGCAGGAUCCGUCUUGGAAAAUAUUCCAGAGAAAAUAAGUGAAUAUUUGGAAAGAGUUCAAGCCCUGUACUCAGCAGGUUAGUAAAGACAAAACCUGAAAACUUUCUCUCUUCAUUAGGAAAUCAACAAGGCAUGUUCUAGAAAAGAUGUUAUACCCAGUGUGGUGUAGUAACUUAGAGGUAACUGAGAAAUUGUAGGGUUGGAAGGAACACCAAGGGUCAUCUAGUCUAACCCCCUGCAGUGCAGGAAUCUCAUCAUAUGUUCUCCCAAUCUGAAACCAUACCAGACCCUGUGUUGGACGCAGACCUGGGAGACCAGGGUUGAAGUUACCACUUGGCCGUGAAGCUCUCUGUGUGAUCAUGGACCAGUCACUAAUUCUUAACCUACCUUAUAGGGUUGUUUGGAGGAUAAUAGGUUCCCCCUCCCCAGCAGAGACAGCCCUGGCGAUCUUGCCACUCACAGGCGAGCGGACAGAGCAUCGGGGCUCCUUUAGCCACUCGCUGUGGGGAGCGGCAGCUGUGAUCCCCUCAGCUGAACAGUUUCACAGAGCCCCCACCCCCCUGCCUGCUUGUGGGAGCCAGCACUAGUUGGGGGCUCCUUUAACUGCUCGACCGAGGCAAGGACAGCUGCAGACUCCUCAGUCGAGCAGUUUAAAGAUGCAGGGGGAGGAACAAGCUGUUGACUUCCUCCAGCGGACGCUAGUAGCAGAGGGACUCGGGCGCGGUGGCGGUUUCACCAGGGAGAUACCGCUGAGUGAAACUGACAUCGCAGUCUGCUGCUUAUACCGGUCCUGGGCGAAUAUUGAUAUAUCGCCCAGGCCUACCAAGAGGGAUAUCUUUGUUAGAAUAUUCCAUUCCACCUUAAGGGAGAGGCAUGAGACUGUUGUGUGUCACGUGUCUAUUUACACUCUAGCACAGCUUGCUGGGAACUUCCGUUUGGGUAUAGCUUUCACUUUUUGCUGUCUUGCUUUGGACACGAAGGGGAUCAGACGUGUUUUCCUUUUGUCCUGAUGUAUGCUGAAUAAGGGACGUGGGUGGCGCUGUGGGUUAAACCACAGAGCCUAGGACUUGCCGAUCAGAAGGUCGGCGGUUCGAAUCCCCGCGACGGGGUGAGCUCCCAUUGCUCGGUCCCUGGUCCUGCCAACCUAGCAGUUCGAAAGCACGUCAAAGUGCAAGUAGAUAAAUAGGUACCGCUCCGGCGGGAAGGUAAACAGCGUUUCCAUGCGCUGCUCUGGUUUGCCAGAAGCGGCUUAGUCAUGCUGGCCACAUGACCCGGAAGCUGUACGCCGGAUCCCUCGGCCAAUAAAGCGAGAUGAGCGCCGCAACCCCAGAGUCGGUCAUGACUGGGCCUAAUGGUCAGGGGUCCCUUUACCUUUACGCUGAAUAAACUGCUUGUAAAUAUGCUUACACAACCUCUCCUGCCACUUCUGUUUGUGCGUUAUCUCUGCUGAGUUGCGUGCCCCAGCUUCUGAAGCUGUGGGUCGCAGAUGCUGCAAGAAGGACUGGAGAUCAUCAGGCACACCGCUAGAGCCAGCUGGGGGCCUGCCAGUUGCCCCCACUUCCUUGGUUGUAUGCCAACAAUCUUGUCGUUUGGACAACCCAGGACCUCCAUACACACUGACCAGGCUUGUGCCCCAGCGAGGUCUCUUCAGUGCUGCUAAGACAGUGGUUUGACUGCCCCCCAAGGCGCACUCCAUUGUCUCUUGAGACAGAUGCCAGCAACCAUUGUGUACAUAAAAGUACAGCCAUUCAUUCCCUCUGCAAGGCUAGUGUUGUCCAUGAACACCAUUAUUUUCAGAGCGGGGAGAAGGAUGCAGUUCAGUGGUGGAACAUCUUUUUCGCACGAAGUCCCAAGUUCAUUUCCAGCAUCUCAGUGCAGGACCAGGAACAUCCUGGAGAGCCAUAGACAGUACCAUCCUAGAUGGACCCAAUGAGGAAGGCAACUUCCUAUGUUCUGAUGGAAGCAGCACAGCACACAACCUGAUCUGCACCUAAAUACAGUGGUACUUCUGGUUAAGAACUUAAUUCGUUCUGGAGGUCCGGUCCUAACCUGAAACCGUUCUUAACCCGAAGUACCACUUUAGCUAAUGGGGCCUUGCGCUGCUGCCACACGAUUUCUGUUCUCAUCCUGAGGUAAGGUUCUUAACCCGAGGUACUACUUCCGGGUUAGCGGAGUCUGUAACCCGAAGUGUUUGUAAUCCGAGGUGUUUGUAACCUGAUUGUCAGGUGAUGGUGUGGUUGCUCGAGAGCAAACAGGCAAGACUCGGACCUGUCUUUUCCAGGCUUUAUUAGUAGUUCAAACUAUUUACAGUGAAGAGUGUUGCAAGUUCAUGUCUGGCUCACUCACUAGCAGAAUCUGGGAGUGGGCAGUCCUUGUACCUCCCCCAGCAUAACAGUCGCGUGACCCCCAGCCUUCUCCUCCCUUCCUUGCGCCGAAACCUACUGCGCAGAAUGGGCGCUGGCAAAGGGGUCCUUCCCUCCUCUCCGGCUUGCUCAGCCUCGGUGUUGAGGCUCUCCCUUGCAUCCCCUGUUCCCACCACUUCCUCUCCACUGGAGGCGGGGCUUUCCUCCUCGCCAGAGGAGGAGCUGCUUCGUAAGAUCUUCGGAUGUUCCCUAUAACACAACUGCACUUCCCUCUCUCGCCUCUGACCUGAUGGCAGUUCCCUGACACUGAGAUACCACUUUAACUAUAAUCAUGAGUCAGGUUAAAUAAGGGAAAUGAAUGGUUCUUCUUCCUACUCCAGUGCAAAGAGUCGACCCCUUGAAGUCAAAGCAGCAGCUGGACUUGGAGCGGGCCCGUUUCCUGGUUACGCAGGCUUUUGACGAAGACGAGAAAGGCAACAGCGAGGAAGCGAUAGAGCUGUACACGGAAGCCGUGGAACUCUGCCUGAAAACGGUACGUUAAGCUACCAACUUAACUUGAUGGGAUUAUGUCAUGGCAAGGAACUCUUCCGGUCGACACGCAAUUGUGAUUUUUGCCGCUGCCUGCUCUUGCGAUUCGCUGCCCCCCCUCCCCGCAUGAGGAAGGGGAGAGCUGAGCUGGCAAGAGUUAAAAGGGGCUGCAGGAAUCGAGAGAAGCAUUGGCUGGCUUCACGGUUUCCCCCACAUUGUGAUUUUUGCAUAACACCCACCUACCCACACCCAUCCCAUGAUUCGCGAUGUAUAGCCAGGCCAAAAAUUAUGAAGCCGAUAUAACGAUAUGGACUUCAAACCGGUUUUUGACAAUAUAUCAAUAUAUUGCCCAGCCCUAGCAGAGUACUGAGGCUAAGAGGCAGUGGCUUAGCUUGAGUCUAUCUAAUAGGUAGACUGAGCUCUUCUACCCAACAGGUCUUAUUCUUUAAAGCUCUUGCUUCUCUAAUUUCAGCUAUUUGGCUGCAUCCAAGUUGCCUUCAUUUUAUUGAGUGUUUGAGACAAAAUAGUCUUGCGGAGAGGUUUUUUUGUCUGUUAGAAGGAUUUGUGUCGUCAUUCUGGAUAGUAUAAAAGGAAGGAAUUGACAUUUCCUACCCCCUGGCCUCUUUGUUUUUCUGUAUGUAGAUUGCUGGUUAGGCUUCUUAACCCCCCUUUUUCAUAUUAAAGGCCAAUGAAACUUCAGAAACAGGUCUCCAGGCAAAACUGAAGCAGCUGGCUCGGCAGGCACUAGACAGGUGAGUUUCUUGAAGCUUUGUAUGAGCACAUUGCGUGAGAACGCUGUUUCCUAAGUAGUAGUAGUAGUUGCUAUUUAUUGAAUUUAUAUACCGACCAAUACCUGCAGGUCUCUGUUCCAUUUAAAAACCAACCAACAAACAAACAGUUUUUCUGGCUGUCAGGUAGCUUUUAAAGGUAUGGGAAGCCUUGCUGGAGAAAAAGCUUGCAACUUUAUUGACACUGCAAUAGCAUUUCACUCCUUGAAAUGUUCACUGCCUGCAGAUACUGUGUUUUGCAUUCCUUUUCAAAAAAAAACUUUUUAUUUAUACUUUUCAAAUUUAUACAUUUCAUUAAUUUUACAAUUAUUUUAACAAUUCAAAGUUUGACUUCCUUCCCCUUCUUUCUGCGGUUCCUUAAAUUCAUUUUUUUAUAUCUUCUGCAUAUUCAAAUUCAUGUUUGCAUUACUUGUUAAUUUUAAUAAAGAACUUAGUGCAAAUCCAUAAGAGUCUAAAGCAAAAUCCACACAGCUACCUUCUGAAAUGCGAUUUGCUGUGGUGUUUGUAUUUUUGUUUGAAUAUCGACAGUAAGUAGUGUGUUUUUUAAUGUUUCCAAAUAAAAUGUUUCUUUAUUAGAUUUAUUUCCUACCCUUCCACCCAAAGGGAGCCCAGGGCAGCAACCAACAAGCAACAAAGCAAUAAAAACAUAUUUAAAACAAUUUAAAACAAUACAGAUGCAAACAAAAUUGUGACUGACAUCAGAUAGAAAAGGGGUUAGCUGUGUCCAAUAUGAGUGCUGUAUAAAGUCCUUUAAUUCCAUAUGAUAUAUAGAUAUAUAUAUAUAUAUGCAUGCUAUAUUUUUAUGAGUGUGUUUCUAAUCGGAUUUUGUUUUAAUAAACUGGGCUUAUAUAAAUGUGUUAGUUGCAUUCUAAUUGAGAGGGUUGCAUCCAGCAAAGUUGUACUCAGAAUAACUUGUUGAAAUGAAUGAACCAACAUUACUCGUGUCCAUUAAUUUAAGUGGGCCUGCUCUGAGGAUGGCUAGCAUUGGAUACAACACAAUAUAUUUUGAAAUUCCAUAUAUUGGUCAGCACUGCUGAUAUCAGCAAUCAUUUGUUUCUUUCAUUUACGAAUCGCUGCCCAGAAGGCCUCCCAAACUGAUUUACAAUAUAGCAAUGUGUCUAAAAUAGCUGCAUAUAUUAAAACAGGUUUUAAAAGUAGUUAUGAGUAUAAAAACAGUUUCUAAAAAACAGUGCAUACAUAAAGCAUGUUUGUUCAUAUGUUUUAUUAGUUAUGCAUCCUUCACUGUAACAUCCCAGGAUGGGUUGCAGCAUUAAAAGCCGUGCAAAACUUUAUCCCAAGUGUGCUAAAGGUUUUAGAAGGCUUGUCGAAAGCGGAAUAUCCUUAGCAAGAAAGCUAAUGGAGAAGGCACCUAUCUGAUAUGCAGUGGGAGGGAGUUCCAAAGGCCAAAUUUCAACAUUGUUCAGAAUAGACUUCCUGAUAGGAUGGCAUCCACGAGAUGCCCUCUCUUGCAAAAAACAAUGAUCAGUUGUGUAUUUAGAGAACGAGCCGUGUAGAUACAGUUAUUCUCUUUGGUCAUCUACGGUGAAUGGGAGCUGCUUCCAGGCAACUAUGCAGUGAAUUUUUUUUUACAAAAACCAGUUCUUCCCUCUUAGUUUAGGCCAGUGAUGCCUUGCAUAGAUAAUUGUGAGUGUGGAUUUGUUUGCAUUGCACUUGUGUUGGUAUAAGAGCUUGGACCAUCAAGGAUGACUGUUUAAAUGAAGGAAAUCCUGAAGCAUAUUCUGAUUAUCUGUGUACUGUAUUUAGAAGAAUAGAAAACAUAGCUGUUUUCAGCUAAAUUUCUGGCUGUACACAAAUCUCUAGCAAGACAACGCAACAAGAAACUUGCUAAAUAAAUGGUUACAUGAUUCCUGUUAGUAUGCACAAAAUUUUCAGGUUUUCUUUUAGUUGAAAGAACUGUCUUGAGUGGUUUCUAUGUUAGAUUGCAUAUGCUGUUCUUGCUGUACAGGAAUCCUUGGGCUGUAUGAAACAAAGGUUUUAUGGACGUUUAACAUGUAGAGUAUACGAGAAGCUUAAGAAUGCAAAUACCGUAUGUUUCGCUCUAUAAGACGCACCAGACCAUAAGACACACCUAGUUUUUGGAGGAGGAAAACAAGAAAAAGAAUAUUCUGAAUCUCACAAGCCAGAACAGCAAGAGGGAUCACUGUGCAGUGAAAGCAGCAAUCCCUCUUGCUGUUCUGGCUUCUGGGAUAGCUGUGCAGCCUGCAUUCGCUCCAUAAGACACACACACAUUUCCCCUUACUUUUUAGGAGGGAAAAAGUGAGUCAUAGAGCAAAAAAUACGGUACGUAAGAAAUAUGCAGUCACGCUUGCCUUGUUUGUUUUUUAAUCAUUCGUUCUCACAAAAGCAAUUAAUAUUUUUUGCAUUUUUACAUAGCAAAAUGAGUAGUAUAUGAUUGGAGGCAUUUAUAGGAGGAUUCACAAUGUACUGCCACCAAUGAAAUAAAAACUCUUGAUGCGUCUAAAAUGCAAACUCUCUAUUUUAGAGCUGAAGCGCUGAAGGAUUCAAAGCCGUCUCAGAAAGACAAGCCGGUCCCAGCGAAACCAAAUCAGCAAGCCAGGACUUACUUUCCAUUGGGGCCUGAUUUUUCCUUGAACGAUAAGCCACAGGCAGUCAGAGCUGUGCAGGCCAGUGAACCUCAAGGUCAGCGAUACACCGCGGAGGAGAUUGAGGUGCUCAGGUAAGGAAAGGGAACAGUUUUCCAGGCUUGUUGAAAAUGGGUUGCCUCAUUUAGACUGCAGUCGGGUGCACACUUAAACCAGGGAGCCCGUCCCACUGAACACAGUGAGGCUUACUUCUGAGCAAGCAUGCAUGGGAUUGUUGAAAGCACCAGAUUGUAGACCGAUGUGAUGAUUCUGUUGGAAUGCGUCUGGGAGACGGGGGCUUUGGCAGGCCCCCAGCUGGCUCCAGCCACCGGCCAGCAGCCAGGUGAACUCCAGAUCUCAGAACAGCAUCAAUCAGCCUCAGAAGCCUUCAGAAGCUUAAGCACGCAAGCCAGCAGAGGUAAGAACUCUUUGCAAUGGAAGUGGCGGACAGAGACAUGUGUAAGCAUUAUUUACAGGGAUGCGGGUGGCGCUGUGGGUUAAACCACAGAGCCUAGGACUUGCCGAUCAGAAGGUUGGCGGUUCGAAUCCCGGUGACGGGGUGAGCUCCCGUUGCUCGGUCCCUGCUCCUGCGAACCUAGCAGUUUGAAAGCACGUCAAAGUGCAAGUAGAUAAAUAGGUACCACUCCGGCGGGAAGGUAAAUGGCAUUUCCGUGCGCUGCUCUGUUUCGCUAGAAGCGGCUUAGUCAUGCUGGCCACUUGACCCGGAAGCUGUACACCAGCUCCCUCGGCCAAUAAAGCGAGAUGAGCGCCGCAACCCCAGAGUCGGUCACGACUGGACCUAAUGGUCAGGGGUAACUUUACCUUUAUUCAGCAUAGUUCAGGAACAAAGGGAAAACAUGUCUGCUUCCCUUCGUGUCCAAGCAAAACAGCAGCAUAGCAAAAGCAAUAUACAACGGAAGUUCCCAGCAGACUAUGCUGGAAGUAAAUAGACAUGUGACUUACAACAACUCCACAUAUCUGUUCCUCUUAAGGCGGAAUGGAACAUCAAUAUCCUAACAGUUACAACAACAGCAAAUGUUGCACGGCUCUUAAAUAUCAAGAAGGCGUGCCGACUUUAUCGUGGAGUUUAUGCCAAUGAUCAAGCAACGUGUAAUUCUAAUCCCAUUUCCCUUCGGGAUGCAAAUGUACUAAGGCUAACAGCAGGAUAUUUAGCUGAUAAAUGUAUCCAUAUAUUUUGGCGCGGAAUAGCAUUGCUGCUAAAGGAGAUACAGGUUUGCCGCCACCACUCCUGCUGCCCUUUUAAAACAAGCCAACACAAAUAGGACUUUGUACAGCUUUGGAGGAAGUCAGGGGAAGGCUACAGUAGUAACUUCCUGCCUGGCAGGCAAGCUUCAAAGAGAUGGAGCCCCCUGGUGGUCUGGGGAAGCAGUGUCUAUUUUAAGACGCUGUGUUUGCACCACACUGACCUCCCCACCUCUUUAUCUAACUCAACCAGCCAUUUCUGCUUUGAACCUUUGGUGGCCAGAACAUUCAGGGCUAAUGACCAUGUGAACAAAGCUUUCAAUGCAAAACUGAAGGGGAAAAUUUGUUGGCUCUUUUAAACGAGACCAUCCACUGCGUCUUGCUCCCGUUCCCAUACUAAAAAUUCUAAAGGCAUUAAGCAGGCAGGUAUACCUCAGCUGUUCAUUUAGAGCCUGUCUGGGUGGAAACAAAUGCAUUUGAAUAGCAUUGUGGUCCUGACAUCUUGCAUCCUGUUUUCAUAGGAAGACAUCAAAGAUCAAUGGCAUUGAGUACGUCCCUUUCAUGAGCGUUGACCUCAGAGAGCGUUUUGCUUUUCCAGUACCUUUCUCGUAAGUGAAUAUAAGCUGCCUAGCUAUGGACUCACCGAAAUGCUUUCUCAUUCCUUAUUAUUCUUAAGAAUUGUCUCUGGGGAACAAUGUUCAGGUGCUCCCUUGAAAGGGCGGUGUGAAAAGUAAGCUGUUGCCGCCUGCUCAUCGUAGGUGAAUUCAUUCAACUAUACGCGCUAUAGAAAUAGUCUUGACAUCUGCAGUACCCCUGUUAAAUUUUUGAACACUGCUACUGUUAGGAAAAAUGCUUACAGGCCAUUCAACUUCAGAUUAAGGAACCUUGAAGCACCGACAAAUGUUAGAGAGGCUGCAAAAUAGUGGGCACCUCUUUGUACUUGUGGUUUUACAUGCUUUUAGAAAGGGACAUCUGUAAUAGACGAAAUGCAAUAAAUGAAUGGGCUUCUUGAACCCUGACUGAUCAGUGCAGUGGAAGCUGGAAGAAAACUUUAUUUUAUAUAUACAUAUAUUCUUUAUUGAAAGAUAAUUAUAAUAAUAAUUAAUAAUAAUAUUUUAUUUGUACUCCGCCCUCCCCGGCUGGAGCUGGGCUCAGAGUGGCUAACAUCAUAUAAAUAACACAGUAUACAUAAAAACAGGCAUCAAUUAAUUAAAAUAUGUCUUAAAAUUAAUUCAGACAAAUUAUAAUCUGCACAAAUGGCAGUUAUCAGGUUAAGACUGAGAGCGGUUAAUACUUGCCAGGACCAACUGUUUUCACGGAUCGUAUAAGGACCUGUGGACAGGCUGGGAGGCCUCCUUCAUGCUUGUUCUUAUACAAAGGAAAAUAGGUCAGACUGCACCCUGGCCAAAGAUAAAAAGUACAUAAUUGCAAGUGCACAGAGUAAGAUAAGACACACAAAAAAAAGAAAAGAAAGAAUACUACCCAUGUAGAAAACAAAACACAACAAAAACAAAAAUUGUAUACAUUUCCCAAAAAGUUGUAAUUAAUCAGACCAUAACCUAAUAUGGUAUUUAUAAAAUGGAAGAAAGCUUUAUUUUUAACUUGUAAGACUCCAGAGGUCUGCAUGCUCCUGUUAUUAGUAUCUUCCAGAGUUUUAACUGUUUCACACUGACUUAGGAUUGUAGAAUCAUGAAUGAGUUAAGUGGGCAACUUUUCCAAAGCUUUUUUUCAAAAUGGUCUCUGUGGUCUUUGUGGUCUCUGAAGCGCAUCUCUUCUUACUCUCUUACGCUGCUGGAAGUAACUCAUGAGCCCUACAGCCCUAAUGCUAAGGAGGCUUGAGAGGUCUUCAGAUUUAAAGAAAGUGUGGCAGGGGAAACAUGUACACAUUUGAGUCUGGAAGUCAAUCUCAAAAGUAAUUGCCGAUGAAUAUUUGCUCCAUAUUAAAAAGAUAAAAUUGCAUGAUCACACAUUACAAUCCAUAAAGCCACAAUCUAAGACUGUUAUAACAAUAUUCUGACAGCAGCAGUUGAGUGAUACUGGCAAAACAAAACAGUAUGAAGAUAUAAAAAAAGCAGCAAAGAAUGAAAAAUUAAAAGCAGAUUGUAAAGCAACUAUUGCUAAAAAAAGAGCUAUUUUAUAUUGUGGCUUUCUGGAACCGAAGCGGAGUAGACUCGUUUGUAAGGAGCCUAGGAAAUAAACUCAAAUACAGAUUGAUUGCCAGGAUCUGCAUAUAUUACAAGGAGAUUGCUUUGGUUGUUGGUCAUGAGGCCUAAGUAGUCUUCACAGCGGUAAAUAUUGGGGCAAGCAGGGUAUAAUUCAUCGGGUGGCGCAGUGGUCUAAACCACUGAGCCUCUUGGGCUUGCUGAUCAGAAGGUUGGCCGUUCGAAUCCCCGCGACGGGUUGAGCUCCCGUUGCUCUGUCCCAGCUCCUGCCAACCUAGGAGUUCAAAAGCACGCCAGCACAAGUAGAUAAAUAGGUACCACUAUGGCGGGAAGGUAAACAGUGUUCUGUUGCGGCAGAAGCAGUUUAGUCCUGCUGGCCCCAUGACCUGGAAAGUUGUCUGUGGACAAACGCCUGGCUCCCUUUGCCUGAAAGCGAGAUGAAUGCCACAACCCCGUAGUCACCUUUGACUGGACUUAACAGUCCAGGAGUCCUUUACCUUUCACCUUAAUUCAGUGUAGGAGCCCAAGCAAGGCUGAUCAUGAACUGGAGGCUGGAAUUCCAGGUUUGGAUAGCUAAGAGCCCAAAGGGAACAAGAACAAUUAGGAGCGGAGGCUCAGGUGGUCUUUUGAAUCUUCAUAGGUGGGCAGAAAACCUUUUGGGUAUUGCUUCCUGAUUUGCCCUGAUAAAAAUGAUGUGUGAUAAAGUGAUUUUACCAGCUCGUGGAUUUCAUACUUAGCAGUGACUUUUGGUUUGGGGUGGGGAUUGCUUUGAUUGCAGAGAUAGAUGUGGCAAGCUGCCGUUGUCUCCCAAGCAGAAGGCAAUGUUUUCCGCUGGGUGCGGCCUGAUGAGAUAACAAACAGCCCCACCUUGAUCUACACAGUGUCGAGCUUCAGCAUAAAACAGGUAAGGAGGAUCUGACACAGUUGGCUAUCUUCAAAUAAGAGAAACAAAGCAAGACGGCAGAAGCUGACACUUUCACAGUCUGCAAAGAGAGCUUUCGCUUUGAUGUUCUUUCAUACACUGUUGCCUUCCUGUGAGCAAUGUUCAGAACCCCCACACUACCAGAAAGUAUUAAUUACGUGUCAGAGCCCUAAUUCAGGAAUCGGAAGGGCCAUUUCAUUGCAGGCUAUAAGUGCUCCUGCCAACCUAGCAGUUCAAAAGCACGUCAAAGUGCAAGUAGAUAAAUAGGUACCACUCCAGCGGGAAGGUAAACGGUGUUUCCGUGUGCUGCUCUGGUUCGCCAGAAGCGGCUUAGUCAUGCUGGCCACAUGACCCAGAAGCUGUACGCUGGCUCCCUUUGCCACUAAAGCGAGAUGAUCGCCGCAAGCCCAGAGUCAGCCAUGACUGGACCUAAUGGUCAGGGGUCCCUUUACCUUACCUUAACAUGGGUAGUAUUGACCUCCAACUCCCAUUAAUCCUGAGCAGCUUAGCCAGUGGUCAGCCAGGGUGGGAGUUCGAGUUCAGUCACAUUUGGAGGGCUGCAGGUUCCCUAGCCCUGCUCUGCUGCAGUUGGAGAAGGUGUGUUUAGAGGAAUGCUUUAGAGGGAAACAGAAUCAGUGGUUCUUUCUCAUCUGUCAAAGUAAAUGGAGAAUAUUUUCUUCAAUGCCUUUGGAUCUGAUGAAGAAUCCAGAGGUUUGGGUGCUUUGAGGUUAGAACUGGUAUAUCAGAGAUGGGAGCUAUGUGGCAGCUAUAUCUAGGCUCCAGUUCCCAUCAUCCCUGGCAAUAUGGAGGGCCUCUGGCUCCCCAUCCCUGUGUGGUUACCUGACCUUUGAGGAAACUGGUGUUUACAGUUUCAAGCAUAUUUAUUUGCCUUGAAUUGACUCAGUUCUUUCCCCACAUUUCCGAUCAGUUGAGAGAUCUAAUUUAUUGUUGGGUCCUUCCCCCCACCCCCAAAUCCUCUUUACAUUGGCCUGCUUGUCAGUGGCACCUCAUUUUUUAUAUUUCAUUUAUGAUUUUCAGUUUUAUACAUUUCAGUAAUUUUACAAUCAUUUUAACAUUUCAAAACUUCCUUCCCCUCUUUCUACAGUUCCUUAAAUUUAUUUUUAAUAUUUUCUGCAUAUCCGAAUUAACUUAAUUUGCUCAUUUGUUCAUCUACUUUAAAUACAGUGGUGCCUCGCAAGACGAAAUUAAUCCGUUCCGCGAGUGUCUUCGUCUAGCGGUUUUUUCGUCUUGCGAAGCAACCCUAUUAGCGGCUUAAUGGAUUAGCGCUAUUAGCGGUUUAGCGGCUAUUAAAGGCUUAGCGGAUUAGCUGCUAAAAGGCUAUUAAAGGCUUAGCAGCUUAGAUAAAGGGGGGGAAAAGUGAAAAAAAAAUCUCAAGACUCGCAAGACAUUUUCGUCUUGCGAAGCAAGCCCAUAGGGGAAUUCGUCCUGCGAAGCAACUCCAAAACGGAAAACCCUUUCGUCUAGCGGUUUUUCCGUCUUGCGAGGCAUUCGUCUUGCGGGGCACCACUGUAUAUACUCUUAUAAAACUGCAGAUUAUUACAAUGAUCCUGCCAAUAUUUUUAUCUGUUUGCAAUUUAUAAGUAAAUAUUCAAUAAACCACUUCCAUACUAUUAUAAAAAGUUUGUUAUCUUAGUUUCUUAUUUUUCCAGUAAGUUUUACCUUUUCUGCAUAUUCCAUAAGUUUUUGUAUCCAUUCUUCUUUUGCUGGGACGACGACUUUCCAUUUUUGGGCAAGAGACAUUCUUGCCACUGUAGUCGCAUACAUGAAUAAAUUUCUAUAUAGUUUGGGUAGUUCUGACACUCCUUGACCCUUGACUCUUUCUGUCCUCAGACAAUCGUGUCAGAUUGUUCCUUCGUAGCUUCUCUUGCUAUCAGUGCAGCAUAUGAAAGACGAUACAACAAGAAGCUGAUUACCAGGUAUAGCUCUGUUCUGGCAGAUGAUCUGCAAAGUUUUUGUUUUCAAAUUUUUUUAAAUAUAAAAAUGUGCUGGAAGGAACUUGGCAGCUUCACUAUCUAUGUGCUUUCUGGCUAUAUCUUAUAAAUAUAUAUUUAUUUAGUUUUUCAAAUUAUAAUUUUACAAUCACAUAUCCAACAUACAACAUAAAAACAAGAUUCCAAAGAAUCUCCUGGACUUCCCUCCUGCCUCCUUGUGGGUCCUAUUAUUAAUCAUUUCCUCUUGCAUCUUUUAUAAUAAUACAGAUCUUUUACAUCUCCAUUAUAUCCAAAAUUCACCACUAAACUACAAAUGUUACUCCAAUCCUACUAAUGAUUUUAACUGUUUACAAUGAUUUUUAAGGUAAAUUAUAAAUUUCCCUGUUCCUUAUUAAAAAUUUUGGUCGUCCUGAUUUCUGAUUCUUCUGGUCAUUUUGGCUAUUUUAACGUGCUCUGGAAACCUGCAGCCAGAGUCCUGACUGGUAACAUCAAAUUUGUCGAUGAAGCUCAGCACCACCUUUUGGCCCAUGAUACCCAGGCUAGAUCUCUAGAUCUAGACACUUGGUCUGCAACCAAGACAGGAUGACAACAAAUGCAAGGUUGCCGCUAGUAACAGGAGCCCAGUGCAUUGUGUCUAUCCCUCCCAAUUUCUAGGGAAAUCAGUGCAUGACUAUAUCAUUCAUCAAGUUCUCCAUUCACUCCACCCAAAGUUUUGCCAUGGCAAGGAAGGUGCUGGCUGCAUGAUUCACUAGUGAGCAGGAAGCCCAGUUGUGUCAGUAUGGUAAGAAUGACUGGGCUGUUCAUGACAUGAUCUAAAUACGUUGCACCACUGCAUGGCAUAAGUGGUGAGGUUAUAAAAGUUAUAUACUUUGUACUAUUUAUUUAAUUUUAUUUAUUUAUUUUGGACAUGGGGGUGCUGUGGUCUAAACCACUGAGCCUCUUGGGCUUGCCGAUCAGAAGGUUGGCCGUUUGAAUCCCCACAACCGAGUGAGCUCCCAUUGCUCUGUCCCAGCUCCUGUCAACCUAGCAGUUCGAAAGCCCACCAGUGCAUGUAGAUAAAUAGGUACCACUGCAGCAGGAAGGUGAACGGCAUUUCCGUGCGCUCUGGUUUCCGUCACAGUGUUCCGUUGCGCCAGAAACGGUUUAGUCCUGCUGACCACAUGACCCGGAAAGCUGCCUGCAGACAAAUGCUGGCUCCCUUGGCCUGAAAGCGAGAUGAGUGCCGCAACCCCAUAGUCGCCUUUGACUGGAAUUAACUGUCCAGGGGUCCUUUACCUUUUACCUAUAGCUCAGCUCUAGAGCAUCUUACAUGCAAAAAGUUCCAGGUUCAAACCUCUGGCAUCUCUACCCUAAUAAUUUGUGUUUUCUGCAAUUUUAUAUGCCUAACUCCAUUGUGGUCGCUGGUGUCCUUUACUGUUUGGGACUUUCAGUUCUCUGUAUAACUGAGAACCUUUCCCUCAGGUGUGGGUUUAACACUAAAUAGCAUACGAUACCAACUCUUUCUUAAGCUUUAAGUUGACAAUACAGGAUUGAAAUAGACUUGGCUUAGUCCACAACAUGCCCACAGAAUAUAUUCUAAUAUUUCCCCCGGUCGCUUUCCUUCCCCCCGUGAGGACGGCGUUAUUUAUCCAGAGAAUCAAAAAGGAGUGCCGGCAUAUAAGCCGUGUGGAAAAUACAUGGUUAAGCUGCAUAUCAAUGGGGUCCCUCGGAAGGUAAGGUCAUGAUUGUUUGCUUGUUAGGUUGAUGGUUAGAAUUUUAUGUAAUUAUAUCCUAUUAAGGUGUUGACUGAACACAUGGGGGUCUCCACAAGGAUGAAUAUACCACAAAAAUAAGACCUUGCCCCCCACCACACGCAAUUCACAGCUUUUGCAGGGGAACAACAAUAUUGGCAGGUGUCUGUUAGGAUUUGUAUUGCAUUUGCAUUGUAAAUGUAUUUUUUUUUAAAUGGUAUUGGGGAAAGGAGGUGGCAGGUGGGAGUUGGCUGGUUAUUCUGUUAGUUGUUUCUUUGGCCAAGAACGUGAGAGAGUGCUGAUUUCAGGCAGACACUGUCUGGAGGAGUUUGUGAGGACAAGCAAUCUGUGGAUUAUUACCUUAGGCACUCCUAUGAAGGAGUUUUGAAAACAAAAAGGACUAAACCCUCUCUUGGGCUCAAGGGAGAGAAACACAUUGUGUUCAUUAAUAUACAGUAUACAGUCGUAUCUUGGAAGUUGAACAGUAUCCAUUCUGGAAAUCCGUUCAACUUCCAAGAGCCAGUGUGGUGUAGUGGUUAAGAGUGGUAGACUCGUAAUCUGGUGAACCAGGUUCGCUUCCCCGCUCCUCCACAUGCAGCUGCUGGGUGACCUUGGGCUAGUCACACUUCUCUGAAGUCUCUCAGCCCCACUCACCUCACAGAGUCUUUGUUGUGGGGGAGGAAGGGAAAGGAGAAUGUUAGCCGCUUUGAGACUCCUUAGGGUAGUGAUAAGGCGGGAUAUCAAAUCNAAACUCCUUCUUCUUCUUCAAAAUGUUUGGAAACAAAGCGCGGCUUCUGAUUGGCUGCAGGAAGCUCCUGCAGCCAAUCAGAAGUCCCGUCAGACAUUCGGCUUCCAAAAGAAAGUUCAAAAAUCAGAACAGUCACUUCCGGGUUUCGAUCAUUUAGGGGCCAAAAUAUCCAAGUUCCAGGGUGUUCAGGAUCCAAGGUAUGACUAUAUGAAUAAUACUUGUUGUUCAACUGUUGCCAACCUGACAAGCAAAAAUUAUCUUCAAGUCUUGUGUAAGGUGUCUUUUUUUAUCACAAAUAGCUAACAGUGCCCCCAUGUCCCCCGCAUCUCAUGUUUUAAUCAACACAUUGUCAGAACGCUUGGCUAGAGCCAAUGUAUAUUCUUCGUUCUAUGAGCCUGACUCUUCUGUGUGACUUACUUAAUUCCACGCGAAGCUGCCACAGCUGUCUUAUUUAAGCUCUUGGUUUGAUCUCUCUCUGUCCUGUUUUGCCCAGGUGAUAAUCGAUGACUUCCUACCGGUGGAUCACAGCGGAGAACUUCUCUGCUCUUACUCCAACAACAAAAGCGAACUCUGGGUUUCCUUGAUAGAGAAAGCUUACAUGAAGGUUAUGGGAGGUUAUGAUUUUCCAGGAUCAAAUUCUGUGAGUACUGAUCUGUUCUUGGCAAGGAGUAAAUGUCUGUUCAGGCAGAUCUUCCCAUUAUGAAGAGCUCUUUCAUUAAUCCCAAGUAGAGAAUGUAAAAUAGACGGAUGCCAUCAUAAACAAAAUACGAUCUCUGCUUUUUGUUCAUUGUAGCAUGUGUGCUUUUUUCCAGCACGGCAAAUAAUCUCUGUAGGAGUAAGUUAUAUUUAAGUUGGCCUUAUUUGGGGAAUGUUCUUGGCAAAUGCAAGUUAGCACGACUGAAGUCUAGAAUGGGGCUUUAUGGAUGAAAUUCUAGGGGAAAAGAUGCAUUUGGGUACCACAACUUGGUCUCUAGUUUCUGAGGCUUUGGCCCUUACUGAUAUCACAUUUUCAGCUGCAUCUCUGUGAUGAUGGAGGGAAGAAACCAUUAUACUGUGGCCAAAGGUAAGGAAGAAAGAAGCUGUGUUAGCCAGUGCAGUUCUGUUUCCUCUGAAUCUGAAAAUUUCUGAUGGCUGCUGCAAAAUCCAUGGCAUUUUCAACAAGCUGCUUUUCUGUGCAUUAGCCUUCUGUUACCUCCUAAAAAGUUUCACGUAGGCCAGCACCAAAAGGAAAUGAAAACUGGAAGUUUCAGAACUGGAACCAUACUUUUUAUUAAACUUCUUGCUUUUCAAAAAUAGCAAUUUCCCCCCGCAUGGAUGGCUUUUUCACAGUCCUGGGUUAUACUGCUGUUUUUGUUACCGAGGAAAUCUGCUUUUAUUUCAGAAUAUUGAUCUCCAUGCGUUGACUGGCUGGAUACCCGAAAGGAUUGCCAUGCACUCAGGCAACCAGUCUUUUGACAAAGACAGUUCCUUCAGGAUGCUUUACCAAAGGUAACUUACGGCUGAUAUAUAUAUAUAUUUUAAGAGGCUCUGGUGUUAUAAGCGGAAUAGUUCCAUUGUAUUUUUACACUUGCUAGUGCCAUGGCUAGCAAAUACUAAUGAGCAAUUGAUGAAGGUAUGGUCUUUAUCUAUAGUGAGAGAGACUGAUGUAGAAAAUGGCACUUUGGUGGUAGUGUGUUUCAGUCCUCUGUUAGACUUUAAAAAGAAAUACACCAAUUGGCCAGAAAUAUUGACAAGCUUCUGGCUGAAUUCUGCCUUUCUUUGGACUUAAGGCAGAAGUAGAAAUAUUUUUCAAAGGGGCAUGAAGUAAAAGCUGUGGUAUGUUUGGUGUUUGAGCUUUUGUUGUUUCAGAUGCUGCAGGUAAAUAUGGAUGACUUCAGGAUAGGAUUCGAAUCUGGUUUAAUUAGGAAUACUUUUAGUAUAUAAUAAUUUUUAAUAUUUUUUCAGUUACAAUAAUCCAAUAAUAGCCUCAUUAGAACAAUGCCAAAUUAUAAUACAGUUCCUAAUACAAAUCAUUCAAAUUCCAAAUUAUAUAAUUUACGUGCCCCCCCCAAGGACUAGAAUAGAUUAUUUUGAUGAUUUUCUUUGUUUCUACAUUCCAAAAUCUUACUGAUUUCAAUUACAUUCCCAUCAUAGUAGUAAUCCCUUAUACAACAGCUGCUAUAUUUGUAACUUCUAUUCAUGUUGACACAUUAAGAAGAUCAUGGCCACAGGUCCCAUCACCUGCUGGCAAAUAGAAGGGGGGGGGGGAAUGGAGGCAGUGAGAGAUUUUACUUUCUUGGGCUCCAUGAUCACUGCAGAUGGUGACAGCAGCCACGAAAUUAAAAGACGCCUGCUUCUUGGGAGAAAAGCAAUGACAAACCUAGACAGCAUCUUAAAAAGCAGAGACAUCACCUUGCCAACAAAGGUCCAUAUAGUUAAAGCCAUGGUUUUCCCCAGUAGUGAUGUAUGGAAGUGAGAGCUGGACCAUAAAGAAGGCUGAUUGCCGAAGAAUUGAUGCUUUUGAAUUAUGGUGCUGGAGGAGACUCUUGAGAGUCCCAUGGACUGCAAGAAGAUCAAACCUCUCCAUUCUGAAGGAAAUCUGCCCUGAGUGCUCACUGGAAAGACAGAUCUUGAAGCUGAGGCGCCAAUACUUUGGCCACCUCAAGAGAAGAAAAGACUCCCUGGAAAAGACCCUGAUGUUGGGAAAGAUGGAGGGCACAAGGAGAAGGGGACGACAGAGGACGAGAUGGUUGGACAGUGUUCUCGAAGCUACCAGCAUGAGUUUGACCAAACUGCGGGAGGCAGUGGAAGACAGGAGUGCCUGGCAUGCUCUGGUCCAUGGGGUCACAAAGAGUCGGACACGACUAAACGACUAAACAACAACAACAAAGUCUACAAGUGAAGAUCUCAUACUGUAUCAUUGUUUUUCCUGUGUGUGACAUUUGUUCUGUCCAGGAUGUUUCUUCCUGUCCAUGUAUGCCAAUCUUUCCCUGGUCGUUGCUGCAAUCUGUCAUGCCUUGAGCGGAGCUGAUAUCCCGGGGUUGUUCCAGAAAUUUCUCCCUCACUCAGUCCCAUGCUCUUUGUUUUUGUGGCUUUAACAAUAGCUGCAAAAGUCACUCUAUCCCAGUCAGUGACCUGUUUUCGCCAUUUUCCUCCCAGCCUUGGAAGAAGAAGGAUCUGUUAUCUUUCCAGUGCACUUGGCAAGUUUCCAGAUUCCUUCCAUUCCUCCAUUCAGCCAAAUAUAAAUAGCACAUACCUUCCAGAUUCCAUACUCGCAAAAUGAUAAUUAGUCCAAUUAUCGUAUAGUCCAAACAGUCCAAUUAAAUUUCUCCAUCCCUCGGUCCCAUGCUUCUCUGUUUAAUUAGAAAUACUAGGAACUAAAGUUUUGUGGUAUAAGCUCGGGGGUAGUCAAGUGCUGUUGGACUUCAAUCAGGGUGGAUUUGAUUUAAAUCAAAUCGAUUUAAAUCACGAUUUAAAUCACUAGUCAGUAAGACUUGAUUUAAAUCAUAUUUUUUUACAGACAGAUUCAUUCUUGCAUAUUUACAAGCAGAUGAAGGUUUCAUUUUUGGAAUAAUAAAUUUUCAGAACAGUUUGUACAGUUAUAUCAAAAAUUACUGAUUUGGUUAUACUAUUAGAAAUACAUAGACAGAUAGUUAUGAAAUUAUUGUGAGGUUUAAUAAGUUAGCUGUUUAUAUUUGGACAACUUUUCUGCUGUACUUUAUUGGGAGGAGAAAAUAAACAUUUCCUCAAUAACAAUUUAAACAAUUAUUUAACUAAAACAAUAACAUUAUAGCAUCGAUGUUUGUUAACUGAUGUGGUUAAACAAUUUUUUUUAAAAAACUUCAGACUGAGUUUUAGCACACAUGAAAAACUUAAAGGAAAUCCUUAUUUCCUGAUGAAUAGCCUUUGGACUAUAAUGUAACUUAAAUAGAAAACUAUCUUUAGAAUGGUUUUUCCUCCAAAAGCAUUUUAUUUUAAAAAUCUGAUUUAAUUUUAAAAAUCUGGUAUUAUUAUAUAUUAUUUAUUUUAUUUUAAAAUCCCAUCAGCUCCAACCAUGGUGGAAGAUAAUGGGAGUUGGUUUCCACCAGCUACAGGAAGAGAGGAGGGGAUUUACUUUAGUUCUAGCUACAAUUUAAAUGAGGCUGCUUUUUAAAUUGCAUUUUAACCUGUAUUUUAAAUUGUUUUUUUCUUUUUCUUUUUCUUUUUUCUUAUUAUGUUUUUACUCAAAUUUUAUUGGUGUUAGCCGCUCUGAGCCUGGCUCUGGCCGGGGGAGAGCGGAGUAUAAAUAAAUUUUUAUUUCUUUAUUUAUUUAUUUAUUAUUAUUAUUAUUAUUAUUAUUAUUAAUAACUCCUGAAAUAGUUCUUCGAGAUUUCUUAUCUGUCUUCCACCCCUGUGCCGCAACCUCUGAGAGGCAUCAAUUUAUGCCACCGCUUCGUUAAGGUUUCCAGGAUGACAUCUGCCUUUCUUUUCUCUUCUUCAAAAGGAUCUUGUUGUUGUUGUUGUUGUUUAGUCGUGUCCGACUCUUUGUGACCCCAUGGACCAGAGCACGUCAGGCACUCCUGACUUCCACUGCCUCCCGCAGUUUGGUCAAACUCAUGCUGGUAACUUCGAGAACACUGUCCAACCAUCUGGUCCUCUGUCAUCCCCUUCUCCUUGUGCCCUCCAUCUUUCCCAACAUCAGGGUCUUUUCCAGGGAGUCUUCUCAUCUCAUGAGGUGGCCAAAGUAUUGGAGCCUCAGCUUCAGGAUCUGUCCUUCCAAGUGAGCACUCAGGGCUGAUUUCCUUCAGAAUGGAUCGGUUUGAUCUUCUUGCAGUCCAUGGGACUCUCAAGAGUCUCCUCCAGUACCAUAAUUCAAAAGCAUCAAUUCUUUGGUGAUCAGCCUUCUUUAUGGUCUAGCUCUCACUUCCAUACAUCACUACUGGGAAAACCAUGGCUUUAACUAUACGGACCUUUGUUGGCAAGGUGAUGUCUCUGCUUUUAAGAUGUUGUCUAGGUUUGCCAUCGCCUUUCUCCCAAGGAGCAGGCGUCUUUUAAUUCUCGCGGCUGCUGUCACCAUCUGCAGUGAUCAUGGAGCCCAAGAAAGUAAAAUCUCUCACUGCCUCCAUCUCUUCCCUUCUAUUCGCCUAUCUAUUUCUAUCUAUUUCAAAUGGAUAAGGAUAGACUAAUAAGAAGCAUUAGUGGUUCUGUUACUCCAUCUGUAAGCAAACUCAGAAAGUCAACAUUCUUCUUCUUUGUGACCAGAUUUCGCAAAGGGGACGUGCUCAUUACAACGGCGACGGGAGUGAUGACUGAGGAGGAAGGAGAAAGGUGGGGUUUAGUACCAACCCAUGCCUACGCUGUUUUGGAUAUCAGAGAAUACAAGGUACCCGUGGGAAUAAAUGCAUCAGAGCUUUUGGCAAUACCUCCUUUAAAUUGGCAGGUUUUUAUAUUUUAAAAAUCUUGCGUCCUCUUGUGCUGCUUGAAAGCUGAAGAAUAGGAAACCAUGGAACAUCUUUUCCAAAUCAGCUUUAUCCGGAUUGUUUUAAGACUUUCAGCUCAUUUGAUUUCCUGUAUUCAUUGGGGGUGUAGGGUGGUACAACCUAAUGGAAAAUGCCAGAUACUCCUUAGUUUCUUUUCUUCGUUUAGGGGCUUCGAUUCCUCCAGCUGAAAAAUCCCUGGAGCCACCUCCGCUGGAAGGGAAGAUACAGUGAAAAUGAUAUGAAGAACUGGACCCCGGAACUUCAGAAAUACUUGAAUUUUGAUCCCAGAACAGCCCAGAAAAUAGACAACGGUAAAGGAGCAAAACACUUGGAGGUUUGAGCAAGCAAGAUUUUAAAUGGCUCAUUUGCCCCAGAAUCUCCCUAGUGGAACAGGACUGGAGCUUGGGGGUAGGGUUGGAGAGUAGGGGUGGCCUGAUUUUCACAGCUCCUAGAAGGAUCAGGUCCAAGGUCAAAUAACUUGGCAGGAUCUUUUAGCUUUUACACUCGUACCUUGGAAGUUGAACGCCUUGCCAGUUUUGACUCCGAAGGUCGCAAAUACGGAAGUGAGUGUUUCAGUUUGCGAACUAUUUUUGGAAGCCGAACGUCAGACGGGCUUCUGCAUUCUGAUUUUGGAAAAAGAUUAGAGGAAGGGAUCUAAUCUUGUCUUCCCUGCCAUGGCCUCCCCGCCAUUGCUUGUCUGGCCAGCUUCGCCAUCUCUGGCUCCCUCACUAGGGCUGGACGAUAUAUCGAUAUAUCAUCCCAAACUGGUUUGAAGUCCACAUUGUGAUACUGGUUUCAUCAUUUUUUGACCUGGCAAUAUAUCACGAACCACGAUGUGUGUGUGUGUGUGUGUGUAUGUAUGCACACGUGCACACUAUGCAAAAAUCGCAAUAGUGGUGGGGAACCGUGAAGCCAGCAGCUGUCUCUACAUCAGGCAUAGGCAAACUUGGCCCUCCAGAUGUUUUGAGACUACAGUUCCCAUCAUCCCUGACCACUGGUCCUGUUAGCUAGUGAUGAUGGGAGCUGUAGUCCCAAAACAUCUGGAGGGCCGAGCUGGCCUAUGCCUGCUCUACAUACCGUAUUUUUCACUCUAUAAGACGCACUUUUCCCCUCCUAAAAAGUAAGGGGAAAUGUGUCUGCAUCUUAUGGAGCGAAUACAGGCUGCGCAGCUAUUGCUGAAGCCAGAAGAGCAAGAGGGAUCAGGGCACACCAAUCCCUCUUGCUCUCCUGGCUUCAGGGAUAGCCACGCAAAGCUUCUUGAGCGCAGCCGGAGUGCUCCUGCCUCCGCUCAAGAGGCUUCACGUUGCUUUCUUGUUUCUUGUUUUCCUCCUCUAAAAACUGGGUGCGUCUUACAGAGCGAAAAAUACGGUAGCUCCAUCCUUAUUUCAGACAUCGUGAUAUAUAAGUACAUUGUGAUGUUUAAUCUGGUGAUAUAUCACAGUGUUGAAAACCAGGUAUCACCCAGCCUUACUCCCCACCCCUUUGACUGUACCAGGUGGCCCUAGCAGUCCCUGAAACAACAUUAUUAUUAUUAUUAUUAUUAUUAUUAUUAGCUCCAGACAGUCAUUUUGCUUUCUCAGAAUGCUUCUGGAGGUAAGUGGGACCCAGAGACAUUUUGGAGAAUUAACAGUGGCUAAUGUUUGGCUCUUCACCCUAUUACUGCGGCAGCACUGCUCUUGUGGGAAUUGCCAGCCAUCUUGGCCCUGUCAUUUAGCGGGGCUCAGGGCCUGUGAGCCCACCGACCUGUGCCCAGUGAUCCGGCCCUAGCAGUGUCCCUAUGUAGUCAAAACAGCACCACAUAUACACACACACAUACAGUGGUACCUCUGGUUACGUACUUAAUUUAUUCCGGAGGUCCGUUCUUAACCUGAAACUGUUCUUAACCUGAAGCACCACUUUAGCUAAUGGGGCCUCCUGCUGCCGCAGCGCAAUUUCUGUUCUCAUUCUGAAGCAAAGUUCUUAACCUGAGGUACUAUUUCUGGGUUAGCGGAGUCUGUAACCUGAAGCGCCUGUAACCCGAGGUACUACUGUACUCACGAGGAAGGUAUUAGUAGGCUGGGGGGAAACCCAAGAUUUGCAGAAGUACAGAAAUAGAUGGAGGAGCUCUAAAGGGAGAGGAACCCAGAAACAGCCCCAUGAAGGCUGUGUUCAGUAGGCACAGAAUGCUGAAUUUCUGAUGGAACGGCUCACAGGUUUGAAGAAUAUUCUUCCGCUUUGAAUGGUCCAUGUCAGCAUUAAGAAAAAGAAUUUUCGCCUGCUGUUAUAAUUGUUCUCUCUGUGAAAUGGAUGUUUUGUAUUUAUGAAAAAAUAACAUGGUUGUGACCAAGUUGCAACAAUUAAGGCUGCACAGAACUAAGCUUUUUGGUUCCCGAAUAUUCUACAGAACAUGGUAACAGUGUGUGAAAGCAGUCCAGGUCCCAGGCAGGCACCUCCAGGUGGUGGAGAUGUCUGGCCCCAUCCUGGCUCCCAGGCAUCUUCGCUUGGUUGCCAGUGGCCAAUAGCCAGGUGCAAAAUGCGCCUGGCGCCUGGCUAAUUUCAAACACUGCUAUAGGCACAUAUUAGAUUUUGAUUAUUGCUGCCUGUGCUUUUUUUCUUUAAAAACGUUUAGGGGUACUCUCAUUUUGACUCCAGAAAAUCACCAUUUUAUAGUUCAAAUCGGGAAAAUAAACACAGUAAAUGGAGAAAAAUACAAAUAUUCACCAAAUGUUUAGGGGUAUGCGUCCCCCCCAGAAAAAAAGCACUGAUUGCUGCUCUCAUCCCCGUCUGCAACAACCCUAGUUACUCAAUUCAGAGCGAACGCUGAUCAGACGUUAACUGUUGGCUUUCCUCUCUCUGUGGGAUUUAAAUGCCGAUUUAAGGAGGGAGCCGGUGGCGACAUAUCAAGGUUAGCUCACUGCGCUGCUGCCUAUUAAUGGCACACCGGCUAACGGGGUUUAUUCUUACACAUGCUGAGUGUGUUGAGGGGCCUUUGAAAACCACCAGCACCCAGGCAGAGCCUUCCGCUCUCGGACUGAGCUGCGGCGACUGAAACGCACAAAGCAGCUCCAGCAGCUGCUCCUCCAGCGUCCAGGCUUGCCCUUGACUGAGUUGCCAAGGUCGGCGGAGGCGCUUCUUGCACACACGCUGCUUCUGCCACCCUGAAGCCAUCUAGCUGUUUCCCUAGCACCCGGAGCCACCAUCAUUCUGGGGCAGCUUGUGACUUCACAAUCGGCUGUGUGCACAUCUGCAGCUUGGCUGCAAAGGGAGAGAGGUCUGCUGUGGGCCUUUCUGGAAGCUCAGGGUUAGGAUGAGCAAAGAAAGAGGAAGAUAAUAAACCACAAGAUCAUUACCAAGUGGAGAGAGAGAGAGAGAGAGAGAGAGAGAGAGAGAGAGGAAGGAAGCAGCAGCAGCAGCAGCAGCAACAACAAAAGCCUGGCUUUGCUUGCUCCCAUUUUCUGAUCAGAGGUUUGAUAUGUAGAAAUUGCUUGGGUCAUUUUAGACUCUGGACUUGGUGGUCUUUCAGCCUGUGGUGUUUGGCUGUCAGCGGUUCUGCUGAGUAGGUCCCUCGAUCUCUGCCUCCAAGUCCUGCCCUGAUGGUGAGGCUGCCACUUCUCAGUGCAAGGAGCUAAGCAGAGACUGUUCUGCUUAUUGCAGGGUGUGGGGAGAGGAUGAUUAAAGGGACAGAGACCGAGGUCAGCCCAGUUCAACAGCUGGCAAUCAAUCCUAUUCAGUAACCACAUAACACCGGUCCUGAAAGACCUACAUUGGCUCCCAGUACGUUUCCAAGCACAAUUCAAAGUGUUGGUGCUGAAGUGUAAAGCCCUAAACAGUCUCAGCCCAGUAUAACUGAAGGAACAUCUCCACUCUCAUCGUUCUGCCCAGACACUGAGCUCCAGCAGUGAGGGCCUUUUGGCAGUUCCCUCACUGUGAGUUGUGAGGUUACAGGGAACCAGGGAGAGGGCCUUCUCAAUAGUGGCGCCUGUCCUGUGGAACACCCUCCCACCAGAUGUCAAAGACAUAAACAACUAUUUGACUUUUAGAAGACAUCUGAAGGCAGCCCUCUUUGAGGAAGUUUUUAAUCUUUGAUAUUUUAUGACUUUUAUUAUUAUUAAUAACAAUAUUAUAUGGGGGCCACACAGAGUGGCUGAGGAAACCCAGACAGAUGGGUGGGGUAUUAAUAAUAAUAAUAAUAAUAAUAAUAAUUUCCUACAGUCAUACCUUGGUUUUCAAACAACUUAGUUCUCGAACGUUUUGGCUCCCGAAUGCCGCAAACCUGGAAAUGAGUGUUCUGGCUUACGAACUAUUUUUGGAAGCCAAACGUCUGACAGGCCUUGUGUGGCUUCCAGUUGGCUGCAGGAGGUUCCGAGGUCAGCCCAGUUCCACAGCUGGCAAUCAAUCCUAUUCAGUAACCACAUAACACCAGUCCUGAAAGACCUGCACUGGCUCCCAGUACAUUUCUGAUGCACAAUUCGAAGUGUUGGUGCUGACCGUUAAAGCCCCAAGCAGCCAAUCAGAAGCUGCACUUUGGUUUCCGAAUGUUUUGGAAGUCGAACGGACUUCCAGAACGGAUUCUGUUCGACUUCCAAGUUAUGACUGUAUUUUCAUUGACUCCUGUCAUUAUGUUAAAUGGCUUUUUGAGGAAAAUAUAGCAUGUUUGUUGACCUAGAUCUUUUCCUUUCUUUUAGGGAUUUUCUGGAUUGCCUGGGAAGAUCUGUGCAAGUAUUACGAUGUUAUAUACUUGAGCUGGAACCCGAGUCUUUUAAAGAAUCAACAUGCAUUCACAGGUUUGUCCAACGGAAAAGGUUGCAAGUUGCAAGUUUACUUCUAUACAGCUGUCCUGGACCAAUCCCAGCUCCCAACUUCCCUUGUGAGGAACGGUACAAUAUUUGAGGCUUCCUAAUUUAGAAAAACAGUAAGGGGGACGUGGUGAAGAUGCAUAAAAUUAUGCCCUGGUAUGGACGCGGGUGGCGCUGUGGUCACCACUGAGCCUCUUGGGCUUGCCGAUCAGAAGGUUGGCGGUUCGAAUCCCCAUGACGGGAUGAGCUCCCGUUGCUCAGUCCCUGCUCCUGCCAAUGUAGCAGUUCGAAAGCAUGUCAAAGUGCAAGUAGAUAAAUAGGUAUCACUCCGGCGUGAAGGUAAAUGGCGUUUCCAUGCGCUGCUCUGGUUCGCCAGAAGUGGCUUAGUCAUGCUGGCCACAUGACCCGGAAGCUGUACGCCAGCUCCCUCGGCCAAUAAAGCGAGAUGAGCGCCGCAACCCCAGAGUCGGCCAUGACUGGACCUAAUGGUCAGUCCAUUUUACCGUUACCUUUAUGGAAAAAGUAGACAGGAGAAAAACUACUUCAUGAAACUAGAAUCCAGGGCCAUCCAAGGAAGCUGCAAGAUCGGAGAAUCCAGAAGAAAGCAUUUUUUAUUAUGUAGGUACAACUUGGGCACUGUAGCUUAAAUGUUUGGGAGCAUUCAGCAUGCAGAAUUUGAAUAUUCUCACACGCCACGCCGCAUUUCCUCUUGAGCAUUCGUAAGUUUCAGGCUUGCAUUUCAACAGCUGUUUGCUUUGUUCCUUGGAAGGAUUGCACCAAAUAAUAUUUUGUACUUCCUGUUGAGAUCAUUGCUAGCAUAAAAGGAGUGAUAGCCAAAAUAUGUCCUCUUAAAGGGUAGUCAAGUUUUGUAUGAAUGAAUUGCAGUUCCUAUAAACGAAACAGUGACGUGUUUGAGAGAGGGAGUUUGUGUUUAUCUCUCAUGUUUGGGGUUUGUUUUUGCUGCUUGGUGCUCAAGUUAUCUCAUAUAUACACACACACACAUAUAUAUAUAUAUAUAAAUAUAUAUAUAUAUAUAUAUAUAUAUAUAUAUACACACACACACACACACACAUAUAUAUAUAUAUAUACACACACAUAUAUAUAUACACACACACACACACACACACUGUUUUACAAUUCUCAUUAUAUAUAUAUAUAUAUAAAUUUUCUCUUUUAUAGUUUAGAAUAUUCAUUUGGACAACCUUAAAAUAUCAAUGACUUCCCUUCUUCUCUUUCCAUGGUUAAUUUUGCAUAACAUAAAUCCCUGCAUUAUUACUUCCAUCAAAACAUAUUUACACUGUUGAAUUUAUCUUAAUGCUGCCAACAUUUUCAAGCGUGCACAAUUUUCCCUCAUACAUUCAGUAAACGUUUUCUCAUUCUGUAUGUUAAAUCUGCAAGCUAAGCAUAUUCCAUCAAUUUAAGUUGCCAUUUGUCUUUGGUUGGGACCUCACUCAUUUUCCAUUUUUAGGCUAACAAAACACGGGCCACAGUAGUGGCAUACAUCAAUAACCUUUUUUGACACCUGGGAAUUUCCAUCUGAAUUAUCCCCAAGAAAAAGGACUCUGGUUUUUUGGGGGGGAAAGGUGCUUUUAAAACUUUUUUUUUCCAAUUCAUCAUAAAUUAUUUCUAAUAAAAUAUUUUCUUUUUCUAUUUUUAGUACCUGGGAUGCAAAACAGGGCCCUGUGAAAGAUGCAUACAGCCUAGCUAACAACCCACAGUACAAACUGGAGGUUCAGUGCCCACAAGGUGGGGCUGCAGUUUGGAUCCUGCUCAGCAGACACAUUACAGACAAGGUACCCUUGGCAUGGGGAAGCAGGUGGCGCUGUGGUCUAAAUCACUGAUCCUAGGGCUUGCCGAUCAGAAGGUCGGCAGUUCGAAUCCCCGCAACGGGGUGAGCUCCCGUUGCUUGGUCCCUGCUCCUGCCAACCUAGCAGUUCUAAAGCAUACCAGUGCAAGUAGAUAAAUAGGUACCGCUCUGGUGGGAAGGUAAAUGGUGUUUCCGUGCGCUGCUCUGGUUUGCCAGAAGCGGCUUAGUCAUGCUGGCCACAUGACCCAGAAGCUUUACUCGGCCAAGAAAGCAAGAUGAGCGCCGCAACCCCAGAGUCGGUCACGACUGGACCUAAUGGUCAGGGGUCCCUUUACCUUUACCUUUACCAUUGGCAUGAAUGUUUGAACCUUGGUAUGAAUGAGGGACUGGGCCCUGAAAUGCCGCCGCUUCUCUCGGUAUUUGAGCUAGCAAGAGGAGGAUUAAAGCCACCCGUUAUUUCAAAUAAAAUGCAAACCCACACGAGUGUGAUUCCCUUACCGGACCAAGCAGGAUGUUAUGAAACAGCGUACAAGUUUUCGGGUCUCCCAGAAUUCUUUUAUCACAGCAGAUGUCAAAAACACAAGGCGGGGAAAUUGGAAAUCCUGCUUUCUGUUUUGUAACAUUGUGACUGGCCCUCUUCCUACUGUGGAUUCGGAUUUGUUGUUGUCGGCCGACACGGUUACCUUUUUAACUUUUGUCAAGCAUAUUUCAUAGACCUUUCUUGCAAGCUGCUUAGAGGUUUUGGUACAAUUACCACAUUUUCCCCUGUAUAAGACUAGGUUUUUUCCCUUAAAAAUAAUGUAGAAAAUUUGGGGGCGUCUUAUACACGGAUACAUCCCUCUAUUUUCUUAAAUCUGACUCCCCAAAAUAGGGGCAUCUUAUACAUGAGGGCAUCUUAUAGAUGAGAAAAUACGGUACGUGGUAUACAGUCAUACCUUGGUUUUUGAAUGCCUUGGUAUGUGUACAUUUUGGUUCCUGAACGCCAAAAGCCCGGAAGUAGGUGUUCUGGUUUGCAAACAUUUUCCGGAAGCCGAACAUCCGACACGGCUUCCGCUUGAGUGCAGAAAGCUCCUGCAGCCAAUCGGAAGCCGUGCCUUGGUUUUCAAACCAUUUGGGAGUCAAAUGGACUCCCGGAACAGAUGAAGUUCAAGAACCAAGGUACCACUGUAUAGAUUUUGUAAGAGAUAGGCUACGUUUGCGUUAACUAGAGCAGUGUGCUCAGCAGCAGAUCUCGCAACCAAACUGCUGGCACAUCUGUACCUCCAAAACUGUGUACUAGAGUGCAUUGUUAGUGUGCUAAAGUUUUUGCAGCGGGAAAUGCAACUAAAGGGUUCCUGUGAGUCCUUCACCCACGCAAGAGCUGCCACCUGUGUUUCUGUGUGACUGACUGCCAUAAGCUUCCCUCGUUCCAGUCAGCCUCUACCAGAUUUGGGGGUCGGUUCCUUUUGGAGCCGAGCAUAUUUACCUUUGCAGUCUCUUAAACCCUGUUAUGUGCAGGUGUGAAUUGUGCUGCUCCAAAACUGAAGGUCUGUUGAGUCGUGUCAGAAUGAGCGAGAGAGGGAGCCUCCCGGUCAGAGGCAGUCUACCUAAGGGAAGGGGGGCGGUUGGUUUUAUUCUCAUUCUCAUUGUGUCUUUUGUGUUUUUAUGCUGUGAACCGGCCUGAGAUCUGCCAGGUGAAGGGCGGUAUAGAAAUGUAAUAAACAGAAGCAGAAUGUAGGUGGGUGGGUGGGUGACUAAGGCUAACCAACGAAAAUAACAGAUGAAUAAUAAGAAUAAUACAUAAACGAUGACAUGAUCGAUGGGGGGUUAUUAUUGGGUUAUUUUAUUUUAAUUUUAUAUAUUCUGAUCUUUUUUGUGAACCGCCCUGAGACCUCCGGGUAUAGGGCGGUAUAUAAAUUCAAUUAAUAAUAAUUUUGGUCUUUGCUUUCGCAGGAUGACUUUGCUCACAACCGGGAGUUCAUCACAAUGGUGGUAUACAAAACAGAUGGGAAAAAAGUUUACUAUCCUGGUAGGUGUGUUAAUAAUCCUCCUUUUCCAGCUCCACCCUACAACCUAUGAAUACAAAGCUUCCAAAAUAAUAUUAAAAGAUUUCCUUUGUCAAGGAGGACAUAUGAUUGAGAAGCUCAUUGCUGAAGCAGAGUGUAUGUAACCCUUUCUCAGACGUUUAUUGACCGAAUUCUGUGGGUGUCUCAUUUGACAGCCUCAGAAGGGUCCGGCGACUCUGCUACUGACCUCUAAAUUAGGUCUUGUUGAUGUCCAGCUAUGCCUCUUCUUGUUUCUGACAUCUGUUACUUUGCCAUCAGCAUCCUCUAGAAAUGCUAAAUUCUACCUCAAGAAUCUCCAUCUUCUCCAAGGAUGGGGAACCUGAGGCCCUCCGGAUGGGAGGGCUGCGGGUGGCGCUGUGGGUUAAACCACAGAGCUUAGGACUUGCCGAUCAGAAGGUCGGCAGUUCGAAUCCCCACAAUGGGUGAGCUCCCACUGCUCGGUCCCUGCUCCUGCCCACCUAGCAGUUCGAAAGCACGUCAAAGUGCAAGUAGAUAAAUAGGUACCACUCCGGCGGGAAGGUAAAUGGCGUUUCCGUGCGCUGCUCUGGUUUGCCAGAAGCGGCUUAGUCAUGCUGGCCACAUGACCCGGAAGCUGCGCCGGCCCUCGGCCAAUAAAGCGAGAUGAGCGCCGCAACCCCAGAGUCGGCCACAACUGGACCUAAUGGUCAGGGGUCCCUUUACCUUUACCUUCUUCUCCAAGGAUGGAGAACCUGAGGCCCUCCAGAUCUUUUAUUUUUACUACAUCUUACGUCCCCCCAUGAUGACCGAAGAUGAUGGGAGUCAUUCAGCCCAGACACUGAGGUCCAGCUCCGAGGGCCUUCUGGCAGUUCCCUCCCUUGCAAGAAGUGAGGUUGCAGGGAACCAGGCAGAGGGCCUUCUCAGUGGUGGCGCCCACCCUGUGGAAUGCCCUCCCAUCAGAUGUCAAGGAAAUAAACAACUAUCUAACUUUUAGAAGACAUCUGAAGGCAGCCAUGUUUAGGGAAUUUUUAUAUGUUUUAUGUUUUACCAUGUUUUUAUUAUUCUGUUGGGAGCCACCCAGAGUGGCUGGGGAAACUCAGCCAGAUGGGCGGGGUAUAAAAAGAUAUAUAUUUUAAAAAACAUCUAGAGAGCCAAAAGAUUCCUUUCCCUUUCAAAAAUGCAUAUAUCAAACCUAAAUCUAUAAACCUCUUUCUUUCUUUUUUAUGGGUGGCUUAUACAAUUUUUUAAUGAUGAUGAUGAUGAUGAUGUAUUCUUUUUCUAUACUGAAAGUUACAUUUGUUACUCAACAGUUAUAUUCCAAUUUAACAAAACUAGUGACUUCCCGCUUACCCAACAUCAAUACUUAUAACUCAAAUUACAAUUGCAUUUUAAGGUUCCGUCUUACCAAUUUUCAUCCUCUCCAACAUGUUUCUUAAUCUAUUUCUCACACUUCAAACCCUGCUGUGGUCUCCGCAUAUGGGAAAUAACUUUUGAAAUAGACUAGAAAGGUCUUCUUGAAAGGAUUCUAAAUUUGUGUCUCUUAUCAGUGCCGUCACUUUCGCCGUCUCGGCGUAUUCCAAGACCAGCCAUUCUUCCUUGGAGGGUUUCCUCUCCUUCCAUUUCUGUGCAUGGAGAAUCCUCGCCACUGUCAUCACGUGCAUAAAUCUUUCCUUUUCAGCCGACCCUCCUCCGUAUAUCGAUGGGAUUCGAAUCAACAGCCCCCACUAUCUCACCAAGAUCAAGCUGACUUCUCCGGGAACCCAUACAUUUACUCUGGUGGUUUCUCAGUACGAAAAGCAGAACACGAUUCACUACACGCUCAGGGUAUGUGUUUAUAGGCAGCCUUGCGAAAGAAGUAUUUUAAGACGCUGGUCAUCCCCACCAUCAGCUCUUUUCAGAGUCGGGCAGGGCAGCGGGAGUCGGCUCCGAGGCAAUUCUUUCUACAGGGGAGCAGGCAAGUGGUUAUUUUUAGACCGGCUUACGGGAUUAUAUGGUAGAGCUGUUUUUGUUUCAUUCAAAAUUGCGGAAACGCGACAACGAUGUUAAACAGCUUUAACAAAAAGGCGUCUCAUUCCUUUUAAUAAUGGGGUCCUUUUAAUGAUGAUCAUUGGUGGAGGCACAGAGGAAAUCUCAUUGCUGUGAUGACAGCUGCCAAAUACAGUGGUACCUCAGGUUACAUACGCUUCAGGUUACAUAUGCUUCAGGUUACAUACUCCGCUAACCCAGAAAUAGUGCUUCAGGUUAAUAACUUUGCUUCAGGUUGAGAACAGAAAUCGUGCUCCGGUGGCGCAGCAGCAGCAGGAGGCCCCAUUAGCUAAAGUGGUGCUUCAGGUUAAGAACAGUUUCAGGUUAAGUACAGACCUCCGGAACGAAUUAAGUACUUAACCCGAGGUACCACUGUACAGUCAUACCUUGGAAGUUGAAUGCCUUGCGGAUCAAAUGUUUUGGCUCCCAAAGGCCGCAAACCCGGAAGUGAGUGUUCCGGUUGGCGAACGUUCUUGGGAACCCAAACGUCCUCCACAGCUUCCGAACGUUUUGGAAGUCAAACAGACUUCCUGAACGGAUUCCAUUCGACUUCCAAGGUACAACUGUAUAGUCACCAUGUGAUAACUUUUACGUGUACAGUCACCAGCUUUCCUUAGAGCAGAUCAGAGUGACCAGGGGUGCCAACUAGGAAAAAAAAGGGGGGGGGGAUUCAGGUAUGCCCUGCCCCACAUAAUCACUCACAUGACACAGCAUACACACACCAUUUGAAUGGCAGCGCCCAUCAACUUUUUUUGAGGGGAGGGGGGCCAGAUCACACACAUAUUUUAUGGGGAGAAGGCGAAGAGACCUUUGCCCCUAGGACAGCGGUUCUCAACCUGUGGGUCCCCAGAUGUUGUCGGACUACAACUCCCAUCAUCCCUGAGCUCUGGCCUUGCUAGCUAGGGGUGAUGGGAGUUGUAGUUCAACAACAUCUGGGAACCCACAGGUUGAGAAAGGCUGCCCUAGGAGUUGGUUCCUAUGAGCGUGAGCACUGGGCUUCUGCCUAAAGCAAAACCCCAAGUGAAUUUGCAGAUUCUCUCUUGGGUGUGACAACAAAAGAAUUUUGAGAGAAGCCAAAAAUGUCAAACAAGAGAAUAUUCCGAUAUAUCGCAUCCCUAGAUUAUGUGUAGUGACGCGGGUGGCGCUGUGGGUAAAACCUCAGCGCCUAGGACUUGCCGAUCGCAUGGUCGGCAGUUCGAAUCCCCACGGCGGGGUGAGCUCCCGUCGUUCGGUCCCAGCUCCUGCCCACCUAGCAGUUCGAAAGCACCCUUAAGUGCAAGUAGAUAAAUAGGGACCGCUUUAUAGCGGGAAGGUAAACGGCGUUUCCGUGUGCUGCGCUGGUGCCAGCUUGCCAGAGCAGCUUCGUCACGCUGGCCAUGUGACCCGGAAGUGUCUCCGGACAGCGCUGGCUCCCGGCCUCUUAAGUGAGAUGAGCACACAACCCUAGAGUCGGACACGACUGGCCCGUACGGGCAGGGGUACCUUUACCUUUACCUUUACUAGAUUAUGUGUGAUCCUGGGGAAACUUGUGGCACAUUGUUGAGGGCCCUUAUCCCAGACGCAGUUCCUUCCUGGCCAAGUCGAGUUGUGAUGUGAUGACGAUGGAUCAAACGUAGCCGAUUCUUUUCUGGAUAUUCUCUCUCUUGAAUGUUCUGGGCCAGCCAGUUCAGCUUCUCGGGGAAACAGCAAGUCUUUCUUUUACCUCCGCCAGUCUACCCUGAAGCAAUAACAAAGAUGCUUUCUGCUCCUCGCAUAUUGGACAAGUUGUAUAAUUACAUUUCUCUUACAAGGGCUCACAUUAGGGCUGGGCGAGAUCUGGUUUUCAACAUCAAGAUAUAUCACCAGCUAAACAUCGUGAUAUAUCACGAUUUCUGAAAUAAGGAUGGAGCUAUGUAGAGGCAUUGGCUGGCUUCACAGUUGUUCCUGCAUCUUGAUUUUUGCCGGCACCUGCUCUGGUGAUUCGCUGCCCCCUGCAAGAGGCGGGGAGAGCUGAGCCAGCAAAGUUAACAGGAGCUGCAGGAAUCAAGAGAAGUAUUGGCUGGCUUCAUGGUUCCUCCCACAUUGUGAUUUUUGCAUAACACACACACCAUGAUUUGUGAUAUCUCGGCAGGUCAAAAAUUAUAAAACUGGUAUCACAAUAUGGGAUUCAAACCGGUUUUGGACGAUAUAUCACCCAGCCCUACUUCACACCUUGCAAAAAUCUGCAUUUACGUGUGUGGGUUUUUCUGUAAGAGAAAACAAACCAACCAAUUAGGUUCUGCUAAGGACGUAAGGAGACAUCGCUGGAUCAUCCCAAUGGCUCAUCUUGUUCUCACAGUGACCAACCAGAUUCCUGUGGGAAACCAGAACAGGAGCCCAAGAGCAUCUUGGCCUUGUGCGUUUCCCUAGCCGUUGUCCGCUGCUUCUUUUUAGUUUCACAGCGUGUGGAACACAGUUCGUUCUGUGUGAAUCUUUUCCAUUUCUUUGUCAACUCAGGUGUAUUCAGUGUGCAAGUUUAACUUCUGCAAGAUCCCGACACCGUAUACCAUAUCCAAACGGGUAAGAAAGAAUUGCAAUCUCUAUGGUCAUCUGUUGGGUAGAUCAAAAUAAGAUCUACAAGUUCCUGCUAUAUCCUUGCUGGGUUUAAUCCUUGGCUGUGUGACAGAAAAACCAAAAUUGUGCUAAACGCUCAUUGUAGUGAGCCUAUUUAGUGAUGUAUUUACUUACUGUAUUUUUCGCUCCAUAAGGCGCACCAGACCAUAAGGCACACCUAGUUUUUAGAGGGGGAAAUCAAGAAAAAAAAUAUUAUCCCCCCCCCAGCCCCAAAGAGCAGUGGACAGGCUGUGCUCAGCCUGUCCGCUUUUCCCAGAGCUGCUCAGGGCUGCCGGGGGAAGCCCAGGUCCCCCCCCCCAGCCCCAAAGAGCUAAGAAGCCAAGACAGCGAGCAGGAUCCAUCCCGCUGGCUGUCUUGGCUUCCUCUUUAGCCGUGCGCAACCUCUCUGGCCGGGAGAGGCUGCGCACGGCUAUGGCAAUUCCCCCACCUCCCACAAAAGCCGUGCACCCUUUAAGGAGCGCGCAGAUCCUGUGGGCUUUUCUACGAGGAGGGAGAAGGGACUGACUGGCCACAUCAGUCCCUUCUCCCUCCUGGGGAAAAGCCCGCAAGAGCCGCGCGGAGCUUGUGUGCGGCUCUUGGGGGCUUUUCCUGCCUGCCUCCCCCUUGCAUUCGCCCCAUAAGACGCUCACACAUUUCCCCUUACUUUUUAGGAGGGAAAAAGUGCGUCUUACGGAGCAAAAAAUAUGGCAAAUGCAGCUAUAACCAAACCAACUCAAAUGGCUCUAAGGCAUAAGGCUCCCCUCUUUUUGAAACAUAUUAAAUACGCUUCCAGCUGCCAAAAUCUAUUGAUCCUGGGCAGUCCCCAUCUUAAAAGAAUACAAGCAGUUGAAGGCUUGGCAAGAAAUGUGUGCCUAACAGGCACUUGACACUUGAGUCUAAAUCCUGCAACAAAGGAAGACUUUAGCAGGACCAUUUUCUCAUUUCCCAUAAAAGGACAUAGCAAUUAAGUCAAGGAGCCGAUGUAAAACCUUUGCCUUGUUCCAGUGUAAGCUUGAGCAACUUUGAGAUUGAAGUUCUAGGUAAAGCGUUGGACGUCAACCAGAAGGGAAGUUAAACUGGAACUAGGAUUAAUUAAUCAUUUGUUUUUGUUCUCAAUAGUAUGUGCUGCUUAAGAACCUCUUGAAUUUUCUUUCGCUUAGGUAAAUGGGCAGUGGAAAGGCCAAAGCGCUGGCGGGUGUGGGAAUUUCAGAGAGACCGCCAAGAACAAUCCUAUUUACCAGUUCCAGUUGGACAAGGCCGGCCCCUCCUCAUUGAGCUACGAGGACCAAGGUUUGUGCAGGUUUGAAGGAGUGGAGCUGCAAAGUUAGUGCAGUGCAAUGCAAACGUUGUUUGUUGGCCAAACUCAGUCAUUUGUCCAGUGUUAUAAACUCCAUUUGUUUUUGUUCAUUUAUGGGGAAUCUAACCAGCAAUUGCUGCAAUUAAUAAAAUAGAUAGAUAGAUAGAUAGAUAGAUAGAUAGAUAGAUAGAUAGAACGGUAAUAAUAAUAAUACAUAUGUAUACCAGCCUUCAUCCAAAGAUCUUAGGGUGGUUCACAGCAUAAAAAUACAGAAUAAAAUGAGAGUACAUAAUCAAAACAAAACAAUAACCCCCCCUCCCACACACACACAUUUGAAAGGACACACGUUUCAGAAAAUUCCUUCUUUUAAUUACUUGUUCUAAGGAUGCUGAGUUAUGUGCUUAGUUCCAAAUCCUAUACAGUGGUACCUCGGGUUACAUACGUUUCAGGUUACAUACGCUUCAGGUUACAGACUCUGCUAACCCAGAAAUAGUACCUUGGGUUAAGAACUUUGCUUCAGGAUGGGAACAGAAAUUGGGCGGCAGCAGGAGGCCCCAUUAGCUAAAGUGAUGCUUCAGGUUAAGAACAGUUUCAGGUUAAGAACAGACCUCUGGAACAAAUUAAGUACUUAACCCAAGGUACCACUGUAAAUACCCUUGCCCAGUGCUUUUUCUCCCCUAAGAAAAUGUUUAGUGGUACUUUAAUUUUGACUCAAGAAAAUCACCAUUUUGUAGUUCAAAUUGGGAAAAUAAAUACAGUAAAUGGACAAAAGUACAACGAUCCACAAAAUGUUUAGGGGUAUGCGUACCCCCCCCCCCGAAAAAAAGCACUGCCCUUGCCAAAGAUCACUGUGUCUAAAAGGCAAUCACAACCUCCGGUUUGGUUUUUGCAGGCAGUACCGGGUUUGCUGUGAAGUGGUGA